GGGGAAUUUCAGUUGUUCACAAAUUUUUAGCAGAUUUUCUGUUAGUAAUCGGCGGUGAAAUUUUUCGUCGCCGGAAAAAAAAUUCCGAGGCAUUUCGUCGAGCAGCUUCUGUUCUAUAACGAGUUGCCGCCAUGGAUGUCGAUUCGAAGCCGGGAAUGGAGGAAACUAUACUGGUGGGUGAUGAUCUGAUGAUGGGGCCGCCUUCUCCGGUGAUUCCACCGGAGAUAGCUUCACACGUGCUUGAGGGAGUCGAUCUCUGUGAUGGAAUUUUGCGGAAUUUAUUCCUGUGUCUGCAAAUUAAUGACAUUGAGCCCUUCUGUCAAGAUGAGAUUGCAUUGUAUAAGCAAUGUGCUGAGAGAAGGGAUAAGGAGCUUAGACAGAGGCUGCAAGAUAGUGAGAGGAAAUUAGGAAUGUCUAUGCCUUUGAAUCUGGCAAACGAAAGAUCCACGCAGUUGGAGGCAGAAGCAACUCAAUUAGAGAGGCGCUUGAUUUUGGCAAGUGGAGUCGAGGGCAUGGAAGGGUUUCGACAAAGAUGGAGUCUCCACGGCCGCCUUACUGAUACAAAAAAGCGGCUGGAUGCCCUAAAGCUAGGGAUGGAGAGUAGGAAGAAAGAUGAACCCGUUGCUGAAUCGAGUACCAAGAAGAGAUGGUUCUUCUGGUGAAUGAUGGCCCUCAUAUAUCUAAUUUGAUUUUCACCUAAAUGAUUGAGGAAUAUAAUUCAUUAAUAGCCAAACAGAGUCUUGUUUUCAUCCAUUUUGUUGUAUAAUAUAUGAAGUGAGAGUGUUCAGUUUCAGCAUAGCAUUUGCAGUUAGCAAUGCUUUCAUCGAAUAAAAUAAGUUUAGAAAAAUACAAACAAAAGUACCUUGUGAUCAAAUAAUGGAAUGUUCAUAUAUUAUUCUUGUUUUUCAAUA